ACCCUCGGUCCGCUGCCCCUCUCCCCGUGACCGCCCACGCCGCACCGCUGAACCUCCGAGGUUUCCCACCCGAGAGCAUGCGCCCAGAGGAAUACGAGCAAAAGAAGCUUGCGGACCGGGCGUUCUUCUCGAGUGCGGCUGGUCAGCGUCGGCAUUCGAGCGAGUAAACAGACCGAGAUGCCUUCUCGCGACCCAGAUAAGCUGACGCGUUGCGUGCAAAUGGGGAGUCUGAUCUGGGUUUCCCACGCAGAUGGCGGUAGAUAGGUAAUUGCGAAAAGAGGAGGAGCACGAACACCACCUUGUUGGGCCUUGGCCCGCAUGAUCUUGGGAGGCUCGGAUACUGGGUGACAGAGUUCUGAUUUCCAGGGAAUUAGAGUUGUGUGGGACUGGCUUGGGCUCUGAUGCAGAGGCACUAAUUCAUGAUAAAACGGGGGCGAUCAAGCACAAGUGCAGUACAU